AUGGACAAUAAUAGAAGUGGUGCUGGAAACCAGUACAUAGACUGCUUGGAAAAUAGAAUUGGAUUAAGUUUACAGGCACACCUGGCUGAACUGCAGACAUUUCAUAGUGAGGAGAAAAUGUAUGAAUGUAAUCCAACUGAGAAGUCUGUCAGCAAUGGUUCCUCAGUCUCACCACUUGAAAGAAUUCCUCCCAGGACCCAAAACAUUUGGAAUAAGUCUAGGAAGAUUUUUAAAUAUCGUUUGUUACCUGCACAGGACAGGAAAGCACACACUAGGGGAAAAUCUUACAAAUGUAAUGAAUGUGGGAAGGUUUUUAGCAAAAGCUCAAACCUCAUGAGUCAUGAAAGAAUUCAUUCUGGACAGAGACCUUAUAAAUGUAAUGACUGUGGCAAAGCCUUUACGGAGCACUCACAUCUUACUCAACAUAAGAAAAUCCAUACUGGAGAGAAACCUUAUAAAUGUGAUGAGUGUGGCAAAGCGUUUAACCAAUGUUCGAACCUCACUAGGCAUCAAAGAAUCCAUACAGGAGAGAAACCAUAUAAAUGUAACAUAUGUGGCAAGGUCUGUAGUCAAAAUUCAAACCUUGCAAAUCAUCAGAGAAUGCAUACUGGGGAGAAACCUUACAAAUGUAAUGAAUGUGGUAAGGCUUUUAUCCAACGUUCACACCUUUGGAGUCAUGAGAGAAUUCAUACUGGGGAGAAACCUUACAAAUGUAAUGAAUGCAGCAAAGCCUUUGCUGAGCGUUCAAGCCUUACUCAACAUAAAAAAAUCCAUACUGGAGAGAAACCUUACAAAUGUAAUGAGUGUGGCAAAGCUUUUAAACAGUGCUCUCACCUCAUUAGACAUCAGAGAACUCAUACUGGAGAGAAACCUUACAAAUGUAGUGAGUGUGGCAAAGCCUUUGCUGAGCGCUCAAAUCUUACUCAGCAUAGAAAAAUCCAUACUGGAGAGAAACCUUAUAAAUGUAAUGAGUGUGGCAAAGCGUUUACCCAAUUUGCAAACCUUACUAGGCAUCAGAAAAUACACACUGGAGAGAAACCACACAAAUGUAAUGUGUGUGGCAAGGCUUUUAUCCAAAGUUCAAGCCUUAUGGAACAUCAGAGAAUUCAUACAGGAGAAAAACCUUAUAGAUGUAAUAAAUGUGAUAAGGCUUUUAUCAAACGUUCUCACCUUUGGGGUCAUGAGAGAACUCAUACUGGAGAGAAACCAUACAAAUGUAUUGAGUGUGGCAAAGCAUUUACGGAGCGUUCACAUCUUACUCAGCAUAAGAAAAUCCAUACUGGGGAGAAACCUUAUAAGUGUAAUGAGUGUGACAAAGCUUUUACCCAAUUUGCAAAACUUACCAGGCAUCAGAAAAUACAUAAUGAAAGGAAACAGUAUAAACCUAAUAUGUGUUGCAGUGCUUUUAUUCAAAGCUCAAGCUUUGGAGAUCAUCAAAGAACUCGUAGGAGAAAGAAACCUUGCAAAUAA